GGGAUACAGCUUUUGUAAAAAUGGACUUUUCAUAGCAUUUAGGAGAAGGGUUUGGUUUAGCUAAAAUGCACAAAAAACUACUUUUGACGUCAAUUUGACAAAAGCUGUAAUCCAUCUAGACAUGACCGGAGAAGAGGCGAGAGGAAGGGGGCAAGAGUGCGCAAUGACGGAUAAAGAGCAUGAAGGAGGCGAAGGGAGAACGGGAAGAAGAAGAUCCGACAAAGAUCAGAGCUGGAUCCCCAACAUCAUCAGGAAGAGAGUAUGCACCACAUUCGUAGAGGACUCUUUAAGCAAUGGGGCAUUGUGUCAGUGUGGGGGCAUGCGGGAGACUCACGGCUCCAACGCUACGGGAGACUAUUUCGGAGCCGCCAUCGUCAGCCAGUGGGACAGCUCCCAGCACUCCUCAGAGUACCCCACCGACGCCUUCGGAGAGCUGGAAUUCGCAGGGGCUGGCAGGAGACACAGCCAUUUCUUGCGUCUGUCAUGUGACACCCCACCUCAGAUCGUGUACAGUCUGAUGACGGCCCAYUGGGGGGUGCCCUCCCCCAACCUGGUGGUUUCUGUUGUGGGGGGUGGGGGGUGCGAGAAGGUCAAGACCUGGGUCAGGGAGGUGCUGAGACAGGGGCUGGUCAAGGCGGCACAGAGAACCGGUGAGACACACACACACACACAUACACACAAACAGACAUACCAUGGUGUGCUGUGAUGGAGGCUGGUCAGAGCACAGCUGAGGACAACGCCCACUCUGUUUCAUCUAUUUGUUUAAAAG